ACAGACUGAAGUGUAGCUAUGAUGGAUAUCUAAUGAUUUUACCUUUGUUUUGUUUUUUCCGUGGCAAUGCUCCUGAGUCCGCAGUCCUCUGGAUUCACGCCUGGCUUCACACAAAAUUGCGGAAGACGGAAAAACCCCGCUCAAUUAUGGAGAUGUUUCCGCUGCUUGGCCCUCAUGACGGCUUAUUUACCAGAGCCAACGACUGGCGAGAACGAACGAGGCGCGAGUCAUACGAGUGUGCGCGAGGGUCGCGCGUGCAGACUACAGUUUACUGGUAACAGCUUGAGACGAAGCACACAGCUGUGUGAAUUCACCUUUGUCUGUCGUUUAUGGCUCGAUAUAUGGGAUGAGGAAUUGAGACAUUAAAGGAAUCGCAACGUGAGUGAAAAUGAUAGAAAGGAGGAUAAAACCUCGCGCGAGAGCAAGCGAAAUCUAACGCUAUUCUGACAGCUCUCUCACAAAGACCACUGCGAAGGAAUGCAGAGCAAUGCUUUGAACUUGAAAGACCACCAACGCUUCGUUUGCAAGAACCAGAGCAGAAUUUGCAGGAUAAACAUGCAGCGGGUGAAAAACGGGCAGAAAUCUGGCUGAGUGGAUCUGGGGUGUGCUGAAGAGCUUCUUUCGCAUCUUUGUUUGGAAGCGUUUGCAAAAACUUCCACAAUGGCUCUGGUCAUGGAACCUGUGAGCAGGUGGUCAACCAGCCAGGUGGUCGACUGGAUGAAAGGUUUGGAUGACUGUCUGCAGCAGUACAUUAAGAACUUUGAGCAGGAAAAGGUGGGUGGUGAACAGCUGUUGAGAAUCACCCAUCAGGAGCUCGAGGAUCUGGGCGUCUCUCGAAUCGGCCACCAGGAACUCAUUCUGGAGGCUGUGGACCUGCUUUGCGCACUGAACUAUGGACUAGAGACAGAGAACCUGAAGACUCUGACCCAUAAGCUGAAUGCGUCAGCCAAGAACCUGCAGAACUUCAUAACAGGCCGGCGGAGGGGUGGUCACUAUGAUGGCAGAGCCACACGAAAACUUCCUAAUGACUUUCUGACCUCUGUAGUGGACCUCAUUGCUGCCGCCAAGAGCCUGCUGGCUUGGUUGGAUAGGUGUUAUUUCUUCAUCAGGUCUCCGUUCGCUGCCGUGGCAGACUACUCCAUGACCAGGAAUAAUGUGAUUCAGCUGUGUCUGGAGUUGACCACAAUAGUUCAGCAGGAUGGCACAGUGUAUGAGACAGAAAAUAAGAUACUGCAUGUGUGUAAGACACUGUCAGGCGUGUGUGACCACAUCAUUUCCCUUUCUUCGGACCCCAUGGUGUCCCAGGCCGCCCAUCUGGAAGUGGUGCAGUUGGAUAACAUAAGGUCCACAGAAGGACUGGGCAUGUACAUCAAAUCAACAUAUGAUGGCCUACAUGUCAUCACGGGCACUACAGAGGGAGUGAGUGAUUACCGCUGUAAGAAAAUCCAUGCUGGUGAUGAGGUCAUACAGGUCAAUCAUCAGACAGUGGUGGGCUGGCAGCUGAAGAACCUAGUAAACUCUUUACGUAGCAAUCCUGCGGGUGUGACCCUCACGCUAAAGAAACGACCUCAAAGCACUCUCACGUCAGCCCCAGCCUUACUCAAGAACAUGAGAUGGAAGCCCCUCGCCCUGCAGCCCAUCAUUCCUCCCAGCCCCAGCAGUGGUGUGGCCACACCAUCCAGCACCCUCAGCACCCCAUCCAGACGGGACAGCUGCGCUCUACAGGACCUCUUCAUCCCCCCUCCCCCAGAUGACCCAUAUACACCCAGAGACGACAUAGGAAAUCUGACCAGCAACUUCCAGCAGGCUGCUAAAGGUUCUGAUUCGCCCAACUCCUUCCUGGAUCAGGAGUGCCGGAGGCGAUUCCCUCUGUUAGAUGAGGAUGCGGUCCUGUACUGUUACGAGUAUGAUCAGAAUCAGGGCCCUCCACCCGUACGAAGGGACAGCACUCCUACAUAUGGACGGCUGAGGCCUAUUUCUAUGCCUGUGGAAUAUAACUGGGUUGGAGACUAUGAAGAUCCCGCCAAGCUGAAGAAAGAGAUCAGAAGAGAAAACUCCCUGCUGCGAUAUGUGAGUGAGGACAAGGCGGGAACAGAGGAGUACCACACUGGACGUCGCAGCAGUCGGCGUAGUAGAAGGAAGAGUGAGAAGGGUGUUAGCCCCGCCCACUACGCCCUAGUCCCCACCCUUCAGAUGGACAUGCUGCAGCAAGACUCCCUGGCCACACCCACAUCUGAAACAUCAUCUGUCUAUCUUUAAUUUGAUUUAUUGUCCAUGCUUUCCCGGUCUAAGAAAGUGAAGUUAAGAGCUGGAUCCCUGCCCUCCAUUAGUAAGCGGCGAAUCUCCUGCAGGGACUUGGGUCAGGGUGAUUGUGAGGGCUGGCUCUGGAAGAAGAAGGAUGCAAAGAGUUACUUCUCUCAGAAAUGGAAGAAAUACUGGGUUGUGCUGAAAGAUGCCUGCCUAUAUUGGUACACCAAUGAAGAGGAUGAGAAAGCAGAGGGCUUUGUCAGCCUGCCUGAGUUCAACAUUGAUCAGGCAAACGAAUGUCGCAAAAAGUUUGCUUUUAAGGCUUGCCAUCCUAAAAUCAAAAGCUUCUACUUUGCUGCGGACAACAUGGAUGAUAUGAAUAGGUGGCUCAGUCGACUGAACAUGGCGGCAACAGCUCACUCGGAGCAGAAGAGGAUUCGACAGGAUCACGAAUGAUGGUGUUGGUGUGAUGUUGAGGACGCUGAUCACAUGUCCUCAACACCCAAACAGGAUAGCCCUCCACCUCCAUAUGACACUUACCCUCACUCCACCUCGGCAAGUCCGUUCCAGGAGUCCCAACACAUCCGCCCACCCUCCGUGGAGACCAUCCAGUCCCGCUCCCCGCUCUCUGAGAAACAGGGGGGCAGUGUGAGCAGCGCAAGCUCCCCUGGCAGAAAGUCUGCCAGCCAGCGGCGUUCGUGGCAGGACCUCAUCGAGACGCCCCUCACUAGCUCUGGCCUCCAUUUCCUGCAGACACUGCCAUUGGACGACUCUGUGUUCAUUGACCCCAGUCGAGGCAUGCCCGUCGAGCUCCGCCGCCAGUCGACGCUCCCCGCCCAGCACGGACUGCCCCCAGAGCACUACGUCCCGCCCAUUACACCCACCCAGCCCAGCCAAAAGCCCUUCACAGGUUUAGGAAGAGGAGAGGGAUUAGAAGGUGGUGGAGUAGGAAGCAAGCACCGCAGUUUCACCUUGCCCCGUGACAGUGGUCUUCAUGCCAUCCUGGCUGCCACCAAUGCAGCUGAACACGCAGAUGCACAGCGCUACCACCUGAGCCGGGCCCAUGCCAGAGACACAGGUCCAGAGCGGGAGCGCAGGCACCAGGCUGACUCGUUGGGGGAUUUGUACAGGGCUCUGGAGAGGACUAAUCUAUCGCCUGUCAAUGAGCACAGGUCCUCUUCUCGAUUAGAGUACAAGCGAUCAUUCGUCCGCCGCUGCAAUGAUCCGUUACUUAAUGAAAAGCUGCACCGCCUGCGAAUCCUUCAGAACUCAUUCAAGGACAUCCCACUUCAAGAGGCAGAGACUAAGAUCAUCCAUCGGGAUGUGUAGCCAGAGAUGCAGAGACACAGCAGGGCACAGCACCAGUCAUUUCAGCCAGAUCUGCUAAAAAAGCUCUUCUCUCUUUCCCUGGAGGGUUCUUCGUAGUUUCUUUUAUCAAACAUCUACGUCUUUCCUAAGGAAUAUUUCUCACUCUUUUACUCUUUUUUUUGUUGCAGCAUUCAUGAUUUUCCUCUUGUUGCACUCACUUUCUUUGCUUUAUGUUAUUGCACAUUCUAAUUUUGGCAUUAUUUUGUAUGUAAAGUUCUUUUCUCUUGAAUUAUUUGUGUUCGUUAUAAUGACUUUGGCCUCCAUCAGAGACCAAAUAACUGCACUUCCAAUGAAUUCUACCCUACAGUAGUCUGUCAUGGCUGAAAAACAAAUUUAGGGAAAGAAUAAAACUACUGAUAUAGAAAUGAUUUUGUUCUAAAUCUGAUUUGCAUGGCCAUUGUCUGGUUAAUAGAUUUUUUUUGUCUGUGAUGUGUCUUAACUGAGAGUGUUAAUUCCAGCUUCACUGAAACUAACAUUUUUCAAUGGUAAAUGUAACUAUGAGUGUAAGAGAAGGAUUGACAGGAUGCAAUGAUUGCGUGUCUGUGUUAGGGUGUGUUGAAAGCCUAGGUUUGUUGUAUAUAAUGUAUGUUGUAAUAUUCUGACCGUUUGCACCCUAGCAGCAAGGUUCUUGCAAUAAUGUUGAACUAAAACGAUUAAUUAGUUUAACACUGUCUAUUUUUGUAAGCAUGAUAUUUAUUGAGAUGUUUGUACAUUGUUUUGUAUGCUCAAUUAUGUGUUAUCUGAAGAUAACUGCAAGUGUAAAUUCCUUUUCAUGUGUUCCUGAAAAAUCUUUAACAAAAUGAAACUUUCAUGUGAAAGUGCCAGUGUUCUAGUAUCUCCAAAAAAGUAAUUUUAUCAAUAAAUUGUUUGAUGUUUUGACAUUA